AUGUCCAUCCUUGAGAAAAUGUCUACAACAGAUUUGAUGGAGAGUCUCAGGGAAGAACUCACCUGUUUCAUCUGCUUGGACUAUUUCAACAGCCCAGUGACCACCGAGUGUGGGCACAGCUUUUGUCUGAUGUGUCUCCUCAAGAGCUGGGAGGAACAUAACACACCUUUAUCUUGCCCUGAGUGCUGGAGGACCCUGGAGGGCCCGCACUUCCAGCCCAACGAGCGUCUGGGGAGGCUGGCUGGCAUCGGCAGACAGCUCAGGUGCCAGGUGCUACAGAGUGAGGAUGAGCAGAGUGUCUGUGGGAGAAUGCCAGCGGCCACCAAAGCCUUCUCUAACGACGAGCAGAGCGGGAGUGCUUUCUCAGUCCAGAGUCACGGGGCGAACAGGGCACAUCUCUCCAGCGAGGCUGAAGAGCACCACAAAGAGAAACUCCAGGGAAUUCUAAAUCUCCUGCAUAAAAAGAAAAAGGAAGCUCAGAUGAUAUUAACCCACGAGAGGGAGAGAGUGAUACUGUGUAAGGAAGAGACAAAGACUUUUAAACAGGUCGUUGUGUCGGAAUAUAUGAAAAUGCACCAGUUCCUGAAGGAAGAGGAACAGCUGCAACUCCAGCUACUGGAAAAGGAAGAGAGAGAGAACGUGAGGAAACUGAGGAACAGUGAGAUCCAGCUGACCCAGCAGAUCCGGAGCCUAAACAAGAUGAUCGGACACAUAGAGUCCACAUGUCAGAACUCGAUUUUAGAAUCUUUGGAGGAGGUGAGAAGUGCACUGGAAAGGAAUGAGCCCCUCCUGCUUCAAUGUCCAGAGGCCACCACCACUGAGCUGAGUUUGUGCCGAGUCACCGGGAUGAGGAAGAUGCUAAGGAAAUUCAGCACGGAGAUAACUCUGGAUCCAGCCACGGCCAAUGCCUAUCUAGUCUUGUCUGAGGAUCUGAAAAGCGUGAAAUACGGAGGAAUCAGACAGCAGUUACCUGACAACCCAGAAAGAUUUGACCAGUCUGCAACUGUGCUGGGCGCUCAGACCUUCACCUGUGGGAGACACUACUGGGAGGUGGAGGUGGGAAACAAGACCGAGUGGGAAGUAGGCAUCUGCAAGGACUCGGUGAGCAGGAAGGGGAAUCUCCCAAAGCCACCCGGGGACCUCUUCUCACUCAUAGGCUUAAAAAUUGGAGAUGAUUAUAGUCUUUGGGUCUCAUCACCUUUAAAAGGCCAACAUGUCAGAGAGCCUGUGCAUAAGGUUGGUGUGUUCUUAGACUACGAAUCUGGACACAUAGCGUUCUACAACGUGACCGAUGAGUCCCUCAUCUACAGCUUCCCCUCAGCCUCUUUCCACGAGGCCCUCAGGCCCAUCUUCUCCCCUUGCCUCCCAAACGAAGGGACGAACAUAGAUCCUCUAACCAUCUGCUCGCUGAAAAGCCACGUCUGA